AUGUCAAAGGGAUUGCCAGCUCGACUCCGUCUCACCCGCAGUCGAACAGUCAAGCCCGAUCGGGGCUCCGGGGGAGCAUCCCCGCAUAAGGGGUCCCCGCAACAAAGCUCCUCGGCCAGCCCACCCGCGUCCCACGCGCGCGGCCAGCCCAACCGCGCCGAGCGCCUCGCGGGCCCCUCGGUCCCACGCGCGCGGCCAUACCGCCCGCGUCCCACGCGCGCGGCCAAACCGCUCGCAUCCCACGCGCGCGGCCAGCCCGAUCGCACCGAGGGCCUCACGGGCCCCUCGGUCCCACGCGCGCGGCCAAACCGCCCGCGUCCCACGCGCGCGGCCAGCCCAACCGCGCCGAGCGCCUCGCGGGCCCCUCGGUCCCACGCGUGCGGCCAGACCGCCCGCGUCCCACGCGCGCGGCCAAACCGCCCGUAUCCCACGCGCGCGGCCAGCCCGACCGCACCGAGCGCCUCGCGGGCCCCUCGGUCCCACACGCGCAGCCAACCCGUGCCUCAGUUCCUCUGCUCCUCGGCUAUGGCCGAGAUCUUUGCACGGCCUCGGCACCUCGACCCCUCCCGCUGUUCCCAGAGCCUACCUCGCCUUCUCCUCUAG